CCAGGAGGAGGCGCGCGUAGUGGUCCCCCUCCUCCACCUCCUCCUGGACCACCAUCCAGACUCACUGGUGCGAACGCUGUGCCAACCAGCAGCUUCAACUUUGGACCUCCACCAACAACCAGCCCCAGUACCAACAUAUUCGCAGCGUGGGCCAGUUCUGGCGCUUCCAAUGCGUCGGUCGCUACCGGAACAAAGACUGCACCAACUCAACCCAAGACCGCUGCUACACAAACCGUCACGGUUCUCGUCGGUAUCUUCAAGCAGCCCUUCAUCUUGCACAAAGGACUCCUUUGCUUCUAUUCGGACUUCUUCCGCGCCGCUCUCGAGGGAUCUUUCAAGGAAGCCAACGAAGGCAAGGUCGAGCUCCCUGACGUGCAAGUCGAAAUCUUCGAGGCUUUCCAGGUCUGGCUCUACUCGCGCUCCUUGCGCAACAUUGAGGACGAUCAAAGUUUACCUGGUGGUUCGAAGCUUCCUUCAUUUGGCGACCUAGCCCGUCUCUGGGUCUUUGGCGACAAGUACCAGAUCCCGCUUCUCCAAAACUGUGCUAUUGACGCCCUGAUGGACAAGCACAAAGAGGAGCGUAGAUUCUCUACUGAUGUUGUGGCAAUCGCUUACAGCGAGACCAUGGUUAACUCUCCCCUUCGCAGACUCGCGAUAGAGAUUCAAGUCCACAAGAUGGUUCAUAAAGUGGCAGAAAAUUCCAUCUUUAGGGACUCCAAUCUGGCCUAUUGGACCAAGGAGGCCCUUGUUGACUUUGCUCGCGGCGUCAGUGAUGCCUGGGAGCGCAACUUGCCCAAGUUCGUUCUGCCAUCCAGAGAGAAGUGUCACUAUCACGUUCACGCUACUGGCGACAACUGCUUCCGUGGUAUCGUGACCGUUGAAGUUGGCCCUCAGAAACAAGCCUUCUCAAUACACAAAGACCUCCUCUGCUUUUACUCCGACUACUUCCGUGGCGCCUUCGACGGUUCCUUCAAAGAAGCAGUUGAUGGCAAGAUAUGGCUAGAGAAAGAAGAUCCUGCCAUCUUCGACAUCUUCAACGCAUUUUUGUACAACCGCAAACUCCAGAAUGCAAAGGGUCUUGUUGGACCUAGUCUGAGCUUCAGGACUCUUAUCGACUUAUGGAUCUUUGGGGAUCAGUUUGUUGUCCCCUUACUCCAGAACCUUGCUGUAGACAGCUUGAAACAGAAGUCCGAUGCAGAAAUGAUCAUACCAUGGAGAACGGAGAUGCGUCAUGUCUACGACAACACUCUACAUGGCGCUCCACUACGUAGGAUCAUGAUAGACAUGACAGCCUAUGAAACUCGCCCGGGUACCAAGUCGCGUGAAGAUUAUUUGGAAGCAUGGCCUGUGGAAGCUCUGGUCGAUCUUGCUUUCACGUUGUCACUCAAAACUGCGGGAGAGGUUAAGCACUUGGAAUUGCCGGAGUACAAGAAAGCCAAGUGCUACUACCACAUCCACAGCGAAGGAGAGCAAUGCUACCGCGAGAUGCCAUCAUACCUCGUGUGGGAGAGUCCGCCUACGAUCACUCUCGCCGCACAGCUUUUCGCUUUCGUCGUCGAUAUAUUACUCCGCACCACCUCGUCUCGAUUCACAAUAGUAUCACAAGCAAGUCGCUCUUGCGCCACUGAGAUACCUGCAACACUACCAUCAUGCCGUCUCUGGUCGAAUCCAUUGCGAGCUCAGUCAACGCUACCACAACACAAUCUACCUCAACUCCUAUCGCAACUACUAAAGCCGUAUCCAUUCCAUCAAAGGUUCCUCCACGGUACGUUCUCAUCCUGUCAUCUGCUUCCUGACCCGCAUCACUCAUUGUUACACAGAAGCUGCUUCCAGAGCAUUGUCACGGUUGAAAUCGGCACUGGAGAGACAGCUAAAGUUUUCCACAUUCACAAGGAUCUUCUUAUCUUCUACUCCGAUUACUUUCGUGGUGCUUUCAAUGGCUCUUUCAUCGAGGCUACUACUGGCAAGAUCUCCCUUGCAGAUGAACGUGUUGAUGUGUUCGACGUUGUCCAUCAGUUUAUCUAUACGCGUCAGCUCUCGGAUGAAGCAGACGCUAGUAUCGACUGGAAGCUUCUCGUCAGAGUCUGGAUCUUCGGCGAUAAACACCUAAUGCCAUGCUUGCAGAACGUAGCCGUGGACAUGCUUAUGCGAACACACGAGGAACUCAACGGCAUACCCUGCAGGCUGCUGAAGAUGAUCUACAAGAACACCGUCUCUAACUCGCCUCUACGCAAGCUUAUGGUGGAUCUAACAGCUUACAAAGUUCUGAACAUGGACGAAUUCAUGCGAGAGAACGAUGAGGAAAGGUUCUGGCCGUAUGAAGCUCUCACCGAUCUGGUUAAAACAAUGGGAGCUAAGACAAAGGAGGACAUCGGUGUGCGCAGGCUGCCAGAAGCAAAAAGACACAAGUGCUACUACCAUAUCCACGCAGAAGGCGAGAUGUGCUUG